AUGUUGGUUAUCGGAACAUCUGCUGGUCAUUACUCUUCACCAUUAUUCUUCCGGCAUAAACACGAGAGCCCGAUUUUGCAAUUUUGCAUCAUCGCCUUGCGCUGUUAUUUAUGUGUUGGAUGGGUUUUGAUGUUUCGAAAUGAUUCUUUUUUUUCGCUUCGUUGUGUUUCCUUUCAAUGGAUAGAGCAACAUGUUACUUUUCCUUCACAUCAAGAAACUCAAAAACUUAACAAAAGAAUGAAUGUUCAUCACUUUUAA